ACACUCCGCAUGCGUGGGCAGUGCAUCACCUGUAUAUCAUACGGAUCUGACUGCCUGUAAUCCGAUCUGUUGGAAGUGUCAAUGCGUGGUGCGGGGCGAUAGAGACUCGAUCAUCAUGUCUUUACUGUGACUUCUGCUGUCAACCAGCCUGCUGCUGGAGGCGGAGCCGCCUCGAACUCCCCCGUUAGUAGCUGGAAGGGUAGGUGAGUGGAUUUAUGCUACACAGCAAAUUGAUCUCAAGCCGUCGCCAUGCAGCCCAGCUUGCUCAAGGUGCCGGCACGAUACGACGGUCCAUUUUCAUGGCUAUCCUCGAACAGGUGAGUAUCCUAGGAAUGGAACGCAAAUAAUGCAACACUGUACACCAGCAUAUGCUAUUGACAUUGAUAUUACUAUCACGGUAUGUACAUAUACAUUGAUUGAAGUCUUCCUGCUCUUCCACGGAAGGGCGAGAAUCUCACAUGCCGUUAAUUGUCGGCAUGCAAGCCUUGGCUGAGAACCUUUGUGCACCCUCACGAACUUUUUAUCACUUGUCCAUUUAGAGAGCAGGGGCCAAUGCAACAAUGACUGCAACAGCCGCCCCAAAACCAGCAUGGAUCUUGUCGGCACCGUUACCAGACUCAAUAGCAACGGAAGUGGUGGCGGCGCUGCUCGAAGCCGCAGAGGUAGUCGUGGCCAAGGUGCUGCCGGCAGAGUCGGUGGCGCUGGCAGGGGCUGAGCAAUGCCAGUGGUCACCGUGAGGCUGGCAGCCGACAGACUCCGUUGGGCUUGGGCCGGGAUCCUCGCUGCUGGAAGUGCCGGUGGCAGCGGCGUCAGUUGCCGUGGCUGGUCCCUCGCAAUGCCAGUGGUCACCAUGAGGAUGGCAGCCGACAGACUCAGUGGGGCUUGGACCAGGGUCCUCGCUGCCGGUGGUGGCCUCGUUGGCGGUCGUUGCAGCAGUGGUUGCUGCUGGAGCAGCUGCGGAGCUCGAGGCAGGUGCACUAGUCACGGCAGGACCAUCGCAGUGCCAGUGGUCACCAUGAGGCUCGCACCCAACUGACUCGGUAGGGCUUGGACCUGGGUCUUCGCUGGCAGAGGCAGUGGUUGCGGUGACUGCGGCGUCGGUGGCAGUGGCAGGAGCGGAGCAAUGCCUGCAAGAAACGAGAGAAGUCAGUCCGACAUAUUCAGCACGAGGCAAAAUGGGAAAGGCAGAAGAAACCGGGCUUGCUUACCAAUGGUCCCCGUGAGGAGAGCAGCCAACAGACUCAGUCGGGCUGGGUGGGAGACUCUCAGACUCAGAGCUUUGAGCGUGGACGCCAGCAAGGGCCAGCAAGGCGAAGAAAGUGACGGAGUAGACCUUCAUGCUGGGCUGGAUCACAGACAGAAGAGAAUGCUUGGUUUGGGUGCUUUUCUUUUGGGGACUUUCCUCGGUGAAACGAGCGACUACCUCUCAAUCGGCAAGAGAUACGAGAGAGAAAUGAACACACAACUUGCAAUGCAACCAUCUCUGCUGCCAGCUGCUACUUGAUAUAUAUGCUCGCUGGCUGGUACCCGACGGACAGCCGCAUGGUAUGCACAGGGUCCCGCUCCGCCCUGCCAAGACCGUACUCUGGAUGUACCAAGACAUCUGGGCACAGGUUAACCUGACUUAGCAAACGAAAAGCCUUUCCACCCCUUGUACUUCUGCCAAUCAACGAGGAUAUGAUGGUUGUGUUGCCAGCGGGACUGAAUGGUAGCGUCUUCAUUGUCCUCAAUUUGCCCUUGGCAGUCGGGCUUGGCUUUCAGUCCAUGCGAGCUGGUGGGAAUUCCAAUGGAUAUGAUCGGAUGAACAACGAAGCGAUGUGUCAAGAAGCGAAGGAAAAAUUAUUUCCUCAUAUGCUACCAUGUGCCGUGGACUAUUUUUGAAGACGCCUUCGCCCUCUUUGUCGAGACAUGCAUUGAAGCACCGGGCGGCGGUUGACCAACUCUCAGCCUCGCCAUGGCAUUGACACUAGGCCUCCGAUGCCUCCACCUGGUCUUGGCGCUGAUCGGUCUGAUCGUGACCGUCUUGGGAGAGACGAGCAGUGCUACCAGCAGUAAUACUCCAUCGCAAGGUCUUGUCCUCGAACAGUCUGCCGAGGUCGAUGCCACGAACCAGGACCAGGUCCAGUUGGUCCACGUGACGACGCUCAACGUGGUGAGGCCGCAGGCACAGGGUCAAGUCCUAUGCGAUGCUGCAAGCCCUCGAGAGAUACAAGAAAGAGAGCGACUACUCCGGAAGAUCGCUCGAGACGACCGGGCUUGGGAUAGCAAGCACCCGCGAUGGUCCAUUCUAGAAGCCCUGCUUGGGUUUCAUCGGUACCGGGAGAUCACAGGUGCAGAGAUUGACCGCUUCGAUGGGCUGUAUAAGCAUGUACCCAAGAAACACAAGAAGCUCCUUGAAACGACAAUCCAGUACCACAAAACAUUUGCUGAGGCUCGAUCUCUUCUCGACCGCAAUGCAAAGAUCUGUAAGGCGAUUGUCGAGACGGCCCUGGACUUCUACAAUAUCAGCCACUCUGAACUCGAUGAAUUCGCCAACGGUACCGAAAUCAAGCCAGGCUGGCGUAUGAGCGUGUCUCAGGGCCUGAAGCACAUGGUCCGAGACUGGUCCGUGGAAGGGCAGACUGAGCGCAAAGCCACCUUUCCAUACAUUGUGAACGCUCUCGCUGAGGAUAUGAAGCUGUCUCAAAAAGAUGGCCCUGGUGUCGGUCCCUACAGGGUCCUCGUCCCGGGCUCCGGCCUCGGCCGUCUCGCCCAUGAUAUCGACCACCAAUUGAGGUCGAUCGGGAACGUGGCCGUAACAUUGAACGAGUACUCGGCCUACAUGAACAUUGCAUACCGAUAUAUUGCGUCUCGAGGGUGCAUCAGGUUCGGCUCGACAUCAGCAAGCGAAUCUACCACGCCUGUAUCCAACGACGAUGGUGUCAGCUCUCUAUCUACGUCGAACAUUGACGUCGGAUCUGCCUGGGCAUCACACCCAGACACCGUGCCGCUACCGAGACCAGGCUCAGUCUCCUUCCCAUUCACAACCUACCCCUUCAUCGAGACCUGGUCUCACGCCCGCACGCGACACGAGCUGUUCCGUCCUGUCGUCAUUCCAGACGCCGGAUCCCCAAUUCACUCUUCAGGCCCGGUCCUGGUGGAAGGCGACUUCACGCGCGAAUUCGCCCACGAACCCUCGCAAUACGACGCGAUCGCCACGCUCUUUUUCAUCGACACCGCCCGGAACUUGAUCCUCUAUCUCGAAACUAUACACACUCUCCUCAAGCCCGGCGGUGUCUGGGUCAAUGUCGGACCCUUGCUGUAUGGAAGCGCGCCAUGGGUCCAAUUGAGUCUGGACGAACUGAUCACUGUUGCCGAGGCCAUGGGGUUUGAGUUUGAAGUCCACAAUAGGGAAGAAAAGGAGGUCAUGUAUAAUUUCAAUGCUAGCGCUUUGUGGAGGAACGGCUAUGUGGCGCAGUAUUGGGUUGCCAGGAAGAAAGACGACAAGAAGACGAGAAAAAUGGGAUUGUGGUGAGCAGAAACCUGAAGGGCUUGUACAACUAGCUACCUUUGAGGCAAAUCGAAGAAUAGAGAUGUGGAAAAGUUCUCAAUAGAAGACAAAACUAGACAUCAAUGUUUGAGAAAUCUACGCCUUCGGCACUUCAG